GUCUAAAGGAAUGGCACGAACAGGCAGACUUCGCUCGUACUUCCCUUGACAAGGCGGCUAAGAAAAUGAAGAAGUGGGCGGAUGAUAAAAGGCGACAUGUGGAAUUCCAAGUCGGGGACCAAGUCAUGGUAAAACUUUUGCCACAACAAUUCAAGUCACUAAGGGGCGUGCACAAGGGACUCGUAAGGAGGUAUGAGGGACCUUUCCCAGUGAUUGCUCGCGUUGGCAAAGUAUCUUACCGACUUCAAUUACCGCCCAAGUUAAAGAUUCAUCCGGUCUUCCAUGUGAGUUAUCUCAAGCCUUACCAUGCCGACGAGGAAGACUUAGACCGAGGAGUAUCCAAGCGGGCGCCAACGGCCGUUGUAACUUCAUUCGAUCGAGAGGUUGCCGAGAUCGUAUCCGACCGCACCAUCCGACGACGAGGAGUGCCAAGCUACAAGGAAUACUUGAUCAAGUGGAAGAACCUACCGGAUAGUGAAGCAAGCUGGGAAACAGAAGACUCAUUAUGGCAGUUCAGAGACGAGAUCAAGAAGUACCAUGAAGACUCGACGAGGACGUCGACGGAUUAGGUGGGGGAGAAUGUCACAGCCCGCUAAAAAUUCAGAUCGCAAGUGCCGGGAUUCCGGAAUUUUCUAGGAGCUUCAAGGGACUUCUAUGGCAGAUUUUUGCCUUAGAAAAUUCUGGAUUCAAGGAACAAAAAUAUCAUCAAAAGACUAGAGACUUCUUAGGAAAAUAUCCAAGAUAUUUUCCUUAAUCCUUCUAGAUUAGUCUUAUGUAAAUAUCUUAGAUAUUAUACUUAGAAAUAUCUAGAUUAAGAAUAAUCUAGAACCAAAGCAACUAGUAUAAAUAGGUGAUGCUAGCUCAUUUGUAAAUCACCUUCCAAGAUUGUAACAAGCAUCCUUUGUAAAGAGUUCUCAAAAGCAAUACAAGUGUUCCUUUCAUUCACAAUCUUUGUUCCCUUUGUUCAAGUCAUUGAAUCGAGUUGCAAGUUGGUGUCAAGGCUGAUCUUAGCACGGUGACUAAGAGCCGCACGUGGGUUGAAGGACUAACUCCGUAUACUCGCUAACCCAAUAAAAUACAAUCAAAGGGUCUAGUCUUGUAAACGAAGAAACUACAGGGACUAAAUACCAACAUUUGCCUCUGAUGAAGCAUCCUCAUUAACGUUCACGUUCUUCCCCCUCACUGCACUCAUUCCACAGUACACUGGCUCUACUCCCACCGCCGGUAACACCUUUCUCUCUCACACACAACAAUGGUUGAACCACCGUCUCCACCACCACAUUUCCUCUUCUUCCUCUUAUUCUCCACCCUCUCUCUCCUCCACGCCACACCACAAACCACCACCCACCCAGACCUCCCACCACUAAUCUCCUUCAAAUCUUCCUCCGACUCAUCCAACCAACUCACCUCCUGGAACAACUCCACCGAUCCCUGCACCUUCUCCGGCGUCUCCUGUCUCCACAACCGAGUCACUCGACUCGUCCUCGAAAACCUCAACCUACACGGCCGGUUCGACUCACUCACCGCCCUCACUAACCUCCGUAUCCUCUCUCUCAAAAACAACCAACUCACCGGCCCCGUUCCAGAUCUCUCUAACCUCACCUCACUCAAACUCCUCUUCCUCUCCAACAACCAAAUCUCCGACACCUUUCCGGCGUCCUUACCGUCGUUAUCCGGCCUCUACCGCCUCGAUCUAUCCUACAACAACUUCUCCGGCGAGAUUCCGGUCACAAUCAACCGUUUGACUAACUUGUUAACCUUAAGGCUAGAGAAUAACAAGUUUUCAGGUUCUAUCAAAGUCGUGAACUUACAAAGCUUACAAGAGUUUAAUAUUUCUAGCAAUGAAAUUUCCGGUGAAAUACCGGCCGUACUGUCGAACUUUCCGGAAUCUGCAUUUGCAAAUAACCGGAUAUUAUGUGGAUAUCCGUUGUCUAACUGUACGGAACCGGAAGUACCUGGUUUAACGGCGCCGUUAGGUCAACCGUUGGGUCAUCCGGCUAACACGGUUGUAGCAUCAACACCUAGCUCAAUGCCGUCAACGGCGUUAAUGCCGAAUAGUAAAAAGUCAACGGGUCAUCACGGUAGUGGAAAAAUAAGCACUGUGGCAAUUGUAGGGAUUAUUAUUGGAGAUGUGUUGGUUUUGGCGUUAGUGACGUUAAUUUUGUAUUGUUAUUUCUGGAGGAAUUUUAAAAAUGGUAACGGGAAGUUAACGUCGUCAAGGAUUUUAGAAGGGGAGAAAAUAGUUUACUCGUCUAGUCCUUACCCGAACACGAACACAAACAUGAAUGUGAAUGCGAACACGGGGUUUGAGAGGGGUAAAAUGGUCUUUUUUGAGGGGGCGAGGAGGUUUGAGUUGGAGGAUUUGUUGAGAGCGUCAGCGGAGAUGUUGGGGAAAGGGGGGUUUGGGACGGCGUACAAGGCGGUGUUGGAUGACGGUAAUGUGGUGGCGGUGAAGCGGUUGAAGGAGGCGGCGAUUGGUGGUAAACGGGAGUUUGAACAGCAGAUGGAGGUGCUAGGGAGGUUACGGCAUCCUAACGUAGUUAGUUUGAAGGCGUAUUAUUUUGCACGGGAUGAGAAGUUGUUGGUUUAUGAGUUCAUGACUAACGGCAACUUGUUUUGGCUUCUUCAUGGCAACAGAGGACCAGGCAGAACACCUUUGGACUGGACCACAAGGCUUAAGGUUGCAGCAGGUGCAGCCAGAGGACUAGUCUUUAUCCACCACUUUAGCAGGUCACCUAAACUCACCCAUGGCAACAUCAAGUCCACAAACAUCCUCCUCGAUAAAACCGGAACCGCCUGCAUUUCCGACUUUGGCCUCUCCGCCUUUGCCCCGCCAACAACCGCCCCAAAAUCCAACGGUUACACCGCUCCCGAGUUACUGACAAUUGACGCCCGUAAAACCACUCAGAAAUCCGACGUGUACUCCUUCGGGGUCUUGUUGUUGGAACUUUUAACGGGAAAAUGCCCGGCCAUGGUGGACAAUGGUGGGACCGGAUACGGUGGGGCCGUGGACUUGCCAAGGUGGGUGCAGUCAGUGGUGCGGGAAGAAUGGACCGCGGAGGUUUUUGAUUUGGAACUAAUGCGGUACAAGGAUAUUGAAGAGGAAAUGGUGGGGUUGUUACAGAUUGCCAUGUCGUGUACCGCGGGUGCACCUGAUCAGCGUCCUACGAUGGGAUAUGUUUUGAAAAUGAUCGAGGAGAUACGGGGCGUUGAGGUGUCACCGAGUCAUGAGAUGCUUGACUCGGUCUCGGACUCGCCUUCGGCUUCUGAUGACACAUGCCGAGCCAGUGAGUAGUUAUGAGUUAGUUGGGGAUAUUAGUUUUUGUCUCAUAGAUCUGUUUGGGUUGCUGUAAAGUAGGGCUUACUUUUGUUUUUUAGUUUUAUUUAAUAAAUUUAGUGUUUAUUUAUUUGUUUUUGACAAAUUCUUUAAAAAUAGUGUCGGUUUAAGAUUCAAUUGAGGUCUGAUUUGUAUCUUUGUGUUA